UAUUAUCAAAGUUUAUUAAGACAAAGCAACAUUAGCACUAUGAAUACAAAUUGCCUUAAAAAGAACAAGCAGCCAAAGACUUCUUGGCCUCUCAAGAAUCUUUUGUUUCAUAAUAUCAAGCCAAAGCUUGCUAUAAGGAAGAAGAAUGAAGGGACUGAAGCACAGAAGAUGCCUUCCCAGAUUCUGGAAUCAAAAAUUGGCGAAACUAUAAGAACAAAGAUUAAGGAAUCAAAGAAGCACAAUAUAAAUAUUCAACAAAGGGAAAAAGUCGAAUUUAGAGCCAACCGCUCCAAAAUGGAAAAAAUUAAUAGAUUAAUGCGAGCCAACUCCAUUGAGAAUGAUCAGAAUUCAUAUCUUUUUGAAGAUUUAGAAGUUAAGAAUCUGUUCUUAAGAGUUAAAGAGAAGCUAAAGUUUAGCAAAUAUAAUAAUGGACAAUUUUUCUCUCCCCAGAAGUUAUAUGAAAAGUUAUUAGAAAUAAACUGAAGGGUCAGACAAAGGUCUAGGUGAAAAGCAAUUCUUGAUAGAGCAGAGACUCGCUUACCAAUUAUCUCAAAGAAUCUUCUGCCAACUAAUUGUAAUUAUUAAAUAAACCUACUUCGAAAUAACAUGGUUCAUCAGAAUUUCAUAGUGAAUGGAUAGUUAGCAUCUUGUAAAUGUUUUAAAUUGAGCAAAAGCUACUCAUAUGCUGCUUAGCUUGUAGAAUAACCCUUAAUCUUUGAGUGUUCACUUACUCAGGCUUCA